AUGCAAGAACAGAUGGAUAAUCCUGUGCCGUCAGAACCAGCUGCUGCAGCCACAGAGGUAGCCAGAAUCAGAGGGAAGAGCCAGCACGGUGGCCGUAGACAACAAGAUAGAGCAAGCCACGGAUCCCUGGAUGUGAUGAAGAAUCAUCUGAUGCAUGCUGUGAGAGAAGAGGUGGAGAUUCUGAAGGAGCAGAUACUAGAGCUGAUGGAGAUGAACUCCCAGCUGGAGUGCAACAACACCCUCUUGAAAACCCUGGCGAGCCCAGAGCAGCUGGAGAAGUUCCAGUCUGGUCUGAGCCCUAAAGAGCAAGCUCCAGAAUCCCAAGUGCCUGAGGCCCUUGGUGGUUCUGCAGUGUAA